GGACUAUGAAAGAAACCCAGCGAUUGACACGUGUGACUUUCGCUUCCCACAAAAUUAACCAACUUUAACAAACUCUGCAACUUCGACCAAAGCCAUGGCUGCCUCCGCACUAUUUCCCAAUACCCUCAAACCCACAUUCACACCCACCAAUCAGAGCUCAACACGUGUCCUCUCAAACCCAUUUUCGCUUCUCAACAUCAGCUUCUCUACCACUCCCGGUCACUCAAACAGGCUCAGAUUCUCACCACCACGGCAAACCCAUAUUAUAGCCUCUGCUCUUUCUGGCUCUCCGGGGAUUGAAUCUACAGUGGGCAGUGAAGAAGAUACACUAAAUUUGUUGGAUAGAGUCAAAGUGUUUGAUUUGAAUGGAAAUGGAAUUUCAAUUUCUGAUCUAUGGAAAGAUAGGAAAACUGCAAUUGCUUUUGCUCGCCAUUUUGGAUGUGUUUUCUGCCGCAAACGUGCUGAUUAUCUUGCCUCUAAAAAGGACAUAUUUGAUGCAAAUGGAGUGGCACUUGUUCUGAUUGGACCUGGCAACAUUGAUCAGGCAAAAGCAUUCUCUGAGCAAACAAAAUUCAAAGGAGAAGUUUAUGCAGAUCCUAAUCACUCAUCAUAUGAGGCAUUAAGAUUUGUUUCUGGGGUCACAACCACAUUCACUCCGAAAGCAGGUCUUAAAAUUAUACAAUUAUACAUGGAAGGAUACAGGCAAGACUGGAAGCUUUCAUUUCAAAAGGACACAGUGUCUAGAGGUGGCUGGCAACAAGGUGGAAUAAUAGUUGCAGGUCCUGGCAAAACUAACAUCUCAUACAUUCACAAGGACAAAGAAGCUGGGGAUGAUCCUGACAUUGAAGACAUUCUCAAAGCAUGUUGCUCGUGAAAGAAGAGAAAAGAAAAAAAAAAUUCUCUUCUUCUGUUUGGCUCUAGCUUUGCCUGGUUUGGCCAAUACUAAUAAUAAUAAAUAGAGCCUCAAGAGCUACAAACCAGAUCAGACCUGUCCUUGUAGAAAGUUGCAGCAGCAUUACUGAUACAAUAGGAUUUGAGAUAUUUAUUAUGUAAUAGAUAAAUAAAUAUUUUGUAA